CCUAGACCUCGCCGACAUCGAUUGCCAGAGCGCCGACUAGCGCCGCGAGAGGGCCAAGAGCCUCUUCGCGAACGAGUACUGACCUUGCGCCCCGCGCCGCCACAGAUGUACCUCGAGGCGCCGAUCUGCUGGCCCACCGCCAAGUUGCUCGACCUGCUGCUCGGCAUGCACACGUCGCACCUGUACCGGCGCGAGGAGCUGCGCACGCUCGUCGAGCUGCACGAGGGCGAGCUCGGCAAGGCGGACGUGGCGCUCGUCGGGGCGCUCCUCGAAGAGCCGAGGGCGGUCAGCGGCGCGAUGCGCAGGACGGACGAGGUCUACUGCGCGAGCGAGGACCUGAGGCUGUGCGACGUCGACCUCAAGCAGCUUCUCGUGCGGCGGCAACACUUCUUGCCUGUCCGCAGAGCCCCGAGCGCGAUCUACCCGGUACCUGCGGGCGUCGAGCAGCCGUUCGUUGGCUUUGUCCGUGUUGAAGAGCUCUGCGCAGCACUUUCUCGGCCCAACGAGCUCGUGCGCUCUCUUGCGCCACACCCGCUCGUCCAGGUCCUGCCGACGACGUCUCUCGCCGACUGCAUCUCUUUCCUCAAGCGCGAGGAUCCCCCGGCCGUGCUCCUCGUCUCGCACUCGGCUCUGCAUGGCUCGGGCGCGCAGGGCUUCGCGGCGCUCGACGACCUGGCUCGAGCGGCCUUGCUCUCCGACGAGCGCAAGACCCGCCACCGAUCCGUCUCGCUCGGCGCAACGGCGCGCCUGUCGCUCUCUCGACCGCCGCGGGCGUCGGUCUCUCUCGGGCUCGGGCGCUUCGUACAGGGUCUCGUCGACCGGUCGUUCGUGCACCGUGCGUCGUCGUCGCAACUCUCGUUCCGCCUCUCGUCCGACGACGACUCGCCCUCGAACGCCCGAGGCUACCGCCCGCUCCCUGCCACCUCGCCCCACUCGCACCACCGCACCUCGUCGCUCGCCUCCUCCUCGCCUGCACCUGGGCCCGCGCUGGCGCCGGGGCCGACCAGAGCGCGACAGCCCGGGCUCGGCGGCGGCUUCAGGUUCCCGCCGACGCGGGCUCCUCGGUCGGCGGCGGGGGCGCCACCGCUCGCCGAGUCGGACAUGUUUGAGCUGGGGCAGGCGUCGGAGGAAGAGGGCGAGGAGGAGGGCGGGAAGGGACGAGGGAGGGAUUGGGCGACGAGGGAGGCACUCUUGCGCUAGAGGGCGGCCCGGUCUCGUAGAGCAGCUGCAGUCUAUGUGUUGCGCGAUGCUUCGCAGCAGC